CUUGUGAUCAGCUGACACGGAAGUGACCGCAGCUCUGAGUCCUGAUCAUGCCUACGUGAGGCGAUGCUCACUGGUUGGCCGUCAUCGCCCUGAUCGCCCUGUAAGAUUCCCUAUUUAGAAGAGCAGUUUGGAGCUGGAAUCGACGAUGUGCAGUUUUUCAAAAUGUGAAGAAUAAAGAACCAGCAGCAGUCAGCAAAAACUGGGACCACCAUUAAGACACUGCAGCUGCAAUAGUUCUCACACAUUUUAGACGAAUGAACAUUGUAAGAAAAGCCAAGAGUAACUGAUGGAGAGUAUCCUGGGGAAGUUGUUGAACUUGACUACUUUGAUGAUGGGACUUACCGAGGCAGAGGAGUGCAGGGACAACUGCUCUGAACAUGGCGUCUGCUAUGAGGGGAGGUGUAUCUGUGAUGUACAGUUUACAGGGGAGGCCUGUGAUGAGAGUAACAUGAGUUACUUCAUUGGCUUCGGCUUCGUCUUCUACUUUCUCGUCCUGGUGUCAAGUACACAGCUGGUCCUGUGUGUGCGGUCGGAGUUCCAGCGUCAGAAGGAGCCGUCCCUGUUUAAAGCCUGUAAGAUGACCACACAGAAGAUGCUGUACUUACUCACACUGCUGGCAGCCGCCUCCAGGGCUGCAUACUUUACUGCACAGGAGUACAUUCCCAUCCAGUGGGCCCUGAACCUCAUGAGUGCGUACUACCCACUUCUCAUCACCGGGAGUUCACUGGUCGUCUGUGUCUGGGCUGAGACAUUCCAUGUGAAGGAUGUUCCAUGCGACCGCCCACGGUUCCUGACCAAGUCCUUCGCAGCCUUUGUCGUGUUCAACGCCUUCGUGUACAUUCUUCUCAUCAUGCAGUUUGUGCUGUCAGAAGUUGUGGACCAUUCUAUGGAGGAGUACCUGGUCAGCAUAUUCCAGUGCUGUUUUGGCAUGCUGAUGAUUCUGGUCCUCAUCUUCUUCCUCAUCUAUGGUGUGGAGAUGUUUUUCAAGGUGCAUGGUGCGUUUGCGAGCCGUAACAACUCCCUGAACCUGACCCAGCUGCACAUGUCUCGCCUGGGGCUGGUGUUCCAGGCCGGCCUGCAGCUCUUCACAGCCCUGCUGCUCAUCAUGGACAUGAUGGGCAAGAUAUGGAAGGACAGUGUUCCCCUGGUGAGUAACAACUACUACACCCUGACAUUCCGCAUUGUGGAGCUGGGGGUGGUGCUGUGGUUCCCCUGUGUGCUCUGGAACGUCACCAGCCCUGAGCAGCUCUGGAUCCUGAACCCAAAACAACUGCUGAAGAAACGGGACUUGGAGCAAGUUGAGCCCACUGAGACAGACAGCCUCCUACACCACCGUAACAUCCCCAAAUACCACGCCACCGACGAUAGCGCCCAGAAUGAGGAAACCGAGGAGUCCGAGCCUCGCGAGUGUUGGAUCUGCUAUGAUCCGGACAAAACAGACGCUGGUGAGAUGAUCCAGCCAUGUAACUGUAAGGGAGAUGUGUCUGCUGUUCACCAUGACUGUCUGAAGAGAUGGCUCGCUGAGUCUAUGGGCAGUGGGUCUGCACCAAGAUGCAAGGUUUGCAAAGAGAAGUACCAGCUGCGGGAGGGCAGUGUGUGGCUCCCCUCCGCGGUGACAGUCCGCCAGUGGCUCAUCUUCAGCUUCAUCCUGGUGGUCAUGUCCGCUGGACCGUUCAUUGUGUACCUGAUUUUCCGAAGCUUUGCGUCUCCCGUGCCAAAGAUUCUCGGGAUUGGAGGAGUUGUACUUCUGGAGUACAUCUGUUUGAAGCUGCUUGGGUUCAACUGCCUGACUGUGUACCAGCAAGCCAGACUGUCAGCCCUGAGGAUUCUGGGAAGGCCUGUUCCUGCCCACAGUUGUGUUCCACGGAGGGAGAAUUCUGAAGACAGAAGCUCAGAACCACAUCAGAACAUUGUGGUGGUGGAGGCAGAGGUGCAUGUCGGAAACCAUGUCUGAGAGUUUCAUGUGUCAUCAUAUUGAAUCAAUUACAAAAGCACAGUAACGCUAGUUACAUGUACCAUAAUAUGUGUGAAGCAUAACAAAACUCCUCCCCUUUGAAUAUCAAUUUUAAUGUGCCACUCUAUCGUAUGAUCACGCAUCAGCGUAAAGCAUAUUUUGUGCAAGAAGCAAUCUCUGUAAACAAAAAAGGUGCAAUCUGGUGUGGUUGAUUAACAGUGCACCCAGUAUAUGAAUUGAGCAAUUGGGAAACACCACUUCAGUUCUAGAUUUUAUAUGCUUGCGUUUUCUCUUUCAAGAGCAGCUUUUUUAACUAUUGUUCAAGUUUUUUGUCAUAAUCAUUUGAAGCUUUUAAAAAAAAUCUUAUAUUUGUGCAGCUAGUAGAGAGUUUACUAAGUGAGUGAGUUAGCUGAUGAGCAAGCUAUUUUAUUAAAGGUAAUUUAAGAUGAGUAGGAAGAUGAAUGAAGAAAUGAUUACUGCGUUGUUGCAAACUUUCUAGAUUUUCUACUUUGCUAUGGACAUUUGGUUUGGUGUAGCUGCAUGCUUAUGUCCGAUGUUGAAUGAUUGCUGCUCUUUACUUGCAAGAUUUGUUGGUUGACAUCAUUGUCAACUUCUUAGGUUAGUAUCAUAUCUUAUUUCUUCAGGGAUCCAAAUUCUUAUUACAUUCUUUGGUAGAUGAGACCAAAUUUCAAAUUUGCUGCUGAGCCUAAUAGAUGUAUAAACAACCAUUCCAUUUGUUUGGAUGUGCGCAGUUUAAUUUAAAGCAAUGCAGUACCAAUGCAAUACCUGAUAUGUUGCUACUCCAGUAUGGCAAUAGCACUUCAGAUUGUACAGUGUAGAUUUGUAGAUACAUGUGAAUACUUGGUAAAAAUAUGAGAAAGAAAGAAAAGCAGCACAGAAAAGUUGUGUCAAUAUUUAAGAUGAUUCAACCAGAUUUUUGAUAGAAGAUAGAAUGAUUAAAGCUUGUACAUGAGUGAUACUAACUAGCAAGACAUGCUAAUGAUUUAAUGUGAGGUUGAUUCAAGAAUCUUGAGGGAGUGAAACUAGUAUCAAUUGAGGAGCAGAUGUUUGACUUUUACAAUGAGUCUUAAGAAAAAUACAUCUGAUUGUUAGACAUGACAACCUUUAUAUAGGAAAGUCAAAACUUCAAUACACUUAAUUCUUUAAAGAAAUGAUACAACAGUGUAUGAUAUGUUAAGCUGCAGUUGAUGUUAGCUGCACUGCCGUUACAUUAUAGAGUUAAGUUACUUCUCUUCUUGUUGCACAGGACUUUCCGAGUGUGUUUAUCUCAGGCACACACUACUCUGUAGACUGACUGUAUGUUGCAGAUUUGCACUAUUUCUUGAAGGAAUGAUGUAUUAACAGAAUCAUUCAGAUUGUAUUCAUAUCUUCCUACCGCAUCAUAUGUGCACUUCAUUCAUAGAUGAUUAUUGUCAGAAUGAUAAUGACAUACUAGAUGUAGUGAAAAUUUGCUGAAAAUAGUUUAAAUUUUCAUACAUAAGAUGUUGUUUUCUAUGUUUAGACAUUAGUUGAGGACUAUCAAAUGAUACUUAAUGUCUUGAUUUUUUGAACAAGGUGCAAUGUCACAUGAAGUCGACGGAAUUCUUAGCUGCUCUUUAGAGGUAAAAGGAAAGGAUAGUUUUUAAGGUGGUAUGAAGUCCACUUGCUUUUUUUCUGUUUAGAUUUUGAUGAUUUUGGGUAGAGAAAAUGAAUGUAUUUGGUAACAGAAAUAUGUCUCAGUACUUCAUGAUCAAAAAUAUCAUCAACGAAAAUUGAUCAACUGUAAGGAAAUCUCAAUGUAUAGAUAACUAGCAAUGGAACAAAGGAGGGAACAAAGAUGUUGCUAUUCUGAUGAUUAUUUUCAUUUUGAACGCGAGAUAUAUAAGAGAGAUUUACAUACAUUAUAAGUGACCACACAAUUCUAGUUGCCAACUGUAACAAAAGGGAAAGAAUGUACAUGUAGUCAGAAACAUUACAUGAUUCUGAACUACAAGUGCUUAAUGUUUUAACCUGGUAAAAUCUAAUGUCAACAGGGCCUUCUAUCUAAAAAUGUAUGGAAGAAAGUUAGAUGGCUAAAGACUAGGCACUUACACUUUUGGUGUUGUACAAGCUGUACCGUGAUGAUGCCAAGACAAUGUGAAGAUGGGUGUAGAUUAUCUAAAUUGUGCUGCUACGUAUGAACUCUAUUCAACUGUCAGUAUUUUGGAAUCAAUACAGGAACUACUGAUGUGUUACUGUAACGAACAGAUUCUUAGGUCUGUUGCAAUAUCUAGGAUUUGGGAAGAAAAGCUGCUCCAUACGAAAGGUUUAUGAUAUAUCCAAAUAUUGCUUUAAGAUUUUAAUUAUUUUAUUGAUUUUGAAUUGGUCACGUAACAUAAUAAGUUGCAGUCCUUUUGUGAUUAUCAAUGGAAAGGUAAUAUACUUGUAAUUUAUCAAAAUGUUGCUUUGAAAAUCAUUCAUUCAACCAUUUAUUGAUGCAGAAUUGAUCAUGUAAUGUAAUUCAAAGUAUGCUGCAGCAUAUGAUUAACUAAUGAUAGUACUUAAGGAUUGAUUAUUACAAAAAUAAGCAAUGUCAGUAUCCACAACAUGGACUUAACGUAAAACCUAUCUCUCAGUCUUUUAAUAGACGAGUUCAUGUUCAUGUAAUUUAAGGAGAUCCUCAGUCUGUACUUGCUACCAGGGCUAGCCUUUUUAGCAGCCUUUGAGUGAUGUCUGGCUACCCUGGCCUGGUCAAUCAAACCCAUGAAAUAAAGCUAUGGUGAUUUUA